GAUUUGUGGGUGAGGAAUGAUUAAUCUGCAUAAUAGGUGACUCUAGCAACUACAAGCAGUGAAAAGUAUUAUAAAAUGUGUCUGUGUGGUUGUGCUUCUAACAUUGCGCCAGUAUUCAUUCAAAGGCAUUCCAGAGCCAGUCUCUCACUCUCUACAAUAUUACAGCACUAGUUCAACAUGGCUGAGGCCUCCGCACCGGCUACUCUCACCCCUGAGUUGUUGGAAUGGCCUAAGAAAGAUAACCGCCGCUUCCUUCAUGCUGUGUAUCGUGUCGGUAAUCUUGAUCGAACUAUCAAGUUUUAUACCGAAGCUCUUGGGAUGAAGCUCUUGAGGAAAAGGGACGUUCCAGAGGAGAAAUACUCAAAUGCCUUUCUUGGGUUUGGCCCUGAAGAAUCUCACUUUCUUGUGGAGUUAACAUACAAUUAUGGGGUGAGUUCAUAUGAUAUUGGGACUGGCUUUGGGCAUUUUGCUAUUGCAACUCCAGAUGUUUACAAACUGGUUGAACACAUUCGGGCCAAUGGCGGUAAGGUCACCAGGGAGCCUGGAACUGUUCAAGGGGGGUCAACUGUUUUUGCCUUUGUGAAUGACCCUGAUGGUUACUCUUUUGAGCUUAUUCAACGAGAAUCAUUUUCUGAGCCACUUUGUCAAGUAAUGCUGCGCGUUGGCGAUUUGGAACGCUCUAUCAAGUUCUAUGAAAAGGCGUUAGGAUUGAGGGUGGUAAUGAGAGCUGACAGGCCUCAAGACAAGUUCUCCCUUGCCAUGCUGGGGUAUGACGAAGAAGAGAAGACAGCUGUUCUGGAAUUGACUUAUAAUUAUGGUGUGACUGAAUAUACCAAGGGAAAUGGAUACGCACAGAUUGCUAUUGGUACUGAUGAUGUAUACAAAAGUGCUGAGGUAGUGAAUGCGGUUACACAAGAGCUUGGAGGAAAGAUAACUCGACAACCAGGUCCAAUUCCUGGUCUCAACACCAAGAUUACGUCUUUUCUGGAUCCAGAUGGAUGGAAAACUGUCUUGGUUGACAACAAAGAUUUCCUCAAGGAACUGCAUUGAGGAAAAAGUGAAUGCGCAAGAGCCUGGAUGCAUAGAGCACCUACUCUUUUAUCUUGUAUGAAUAAAUGUUAAAGUAGUUUCAAAGCAACUGGGAUUGACUGUUUUAAUAUGGAUGCUUCUAUUUUUCUCUAUAUGUGCUCCUAUGAUGGGCACCUUUCUAUGUAGUAUUUACUGGUAUGGUAUUGAUAUGAGGUGUAGUCCUAUGUUCACUCUGUUAUGGAAUGUGUAUGACGUAGCUGACGAAUCAUGAUGUGCAUAAUUUGAAAGAUCGACUUAUGGUGUUUA